GGCCGCGCCUGCACCCCGCCCCAGGAUGGAGCUUUUCGGGCGGAGGCUGUGCUCGGGAGGCCCAGGAGACUGCACGCCAGGGCCGAGGCGGGCGGUCCUCGCGCUAAGCAGCGUCCCCCAGAGCUUGGCCCUGGACCCCUCACUCGCGAGGACACGGCGCUUGGGGAUCUGGUGUGUCGGGGAGCCGCUGCAGCCGGGACUGCGCUGGGGGCCGCUGCCGGAGAACUCUGCCUCUGGGGAGAAGGGCGAGGGAGUGAAAGCACGGCUGGAGGAGGUAUGGAAGGGUCGGGCCUCCCUUCUUGUCAGCCGUGACAAUGGGCAAGAGCUAGAGUUAUUGCGUUCAGAAGGCACGGGCUCCAGUCCCCGGCUUGUCACCUGGUUGGCUAAAAUACAUGCCUUCUUUAACUUGUCUUCCCUUCCCUUUCCCUUCCCUUCCCCUUCUCCUCCUCCUCCUCCUCCUCCCCCUCCCCCUCCCCCUUUCUGCCCCCCUCAAGCACUUUUACUGGUUUAUUUCAGGACCUGUCCCUUGGCCAGCGAUCAAAGCUUAGCUUGGACCAGCUUGGUGCAGCGAGGCGGGCUGGAGAGUGAGGGAAACUUGACCCUGGUUCGCAUCCACGAGAGGCUCCACCUGCAGGUGCACGGGGUCGUGCUGCCAGGCUCUGAGCUGCUGCUGUGGCCCUGGGCUUCCCCAGAGGGUCCCAGCCCCUUGCAGCCUGGGCUGGAGGAAGGAAUGCCUGCAGUGACCAUGGCAGAAGUGGAGUCUGCCAUACAAGAAGCGGCCUCGCCCGGGAAGGCUGCGGCAGAGGGUUCCACAGAUCCUGGCCAUCUGUCACCCCCUGGCGUCCUGGCAGAGAGUACGCUGAGCCUUGGGCCUGUGUCUCAGACUCAGGACCGAACUUGCCAGGAAAGCCGACCCCCUGGUGCACUGCUUCCAGUUGCCCUCGAGGAUGAGCAGGGCCCACCCCAGGCGCGGACGCCCCUGGAGCCCCAGAGCCACUCGGCUCCCCAGUGGGACCUGGAGAGCUGUGAAGCUGGUUUGUCUGAGGGCCCCCAGCUGCUUACCUGUCCGGCUGGGAGAUUUCCCAUCCCCAGUGAUCCAUGCCCAUCCCAAGCAAGGCCUCGGAGCCUGGGGCCCACCUCCCUGGCCUCCUACGGCCCCCCACGCUCACCAGCAGUCCCGCAGCAGCGCCGCCAGUACCGGUGUGGGGAGUGCGGCAAGGCCUUCGCCCGCCGGCCCUCCCUGCGGCUGCAUCUUAAGACCCACCAGCUGCCCGCCACCCCGUGCCCAUGCCCGUGCCCCGCGUGCGGCCGGCUCCUGGCCACCCAGGGCUCGCUGCGGAACCGCCUGCGGCUGCACACCAGGGAGAAGCCCUUCCUGUGCCCGCACUGUGCCCAGGCCUUCGCGCAGCGGCCAGAGCCCCAGCGCCACCUCAUUGCGCGCACCGGCGAGGCCCACCUGUGCCCCGUGUGCGGGACGGCCCUGCGGGACCCGCACACCCUCCGGGCCCACGAGCGCCUGCACUCGGGCGAGAGGCCCUUCCCUUCCCGCGCCUACACACUGGCCACCAAGCUCCGGCGUCACCCCAAGUCGCACCUCGUGGACAAGCCCUACCGCUGCCCCACCUGCGGCAUGGGCUAGAGCCUCCCGCAGGGCCUCCGGCGCCACCAGCUCAGUCACCCACCCGGGGCGCCCUCGGCCCCCGCCGCGCUGCUUCUGCAGCCUGAGCCAGGGCUGCUGGCCUUGGGUGGCCUGAGGGACACAUCCGCAGCCAGCAGUGUGGUGGAGGCCACCAGUUCCAAGAGCUGGGAGAGGUGCUUUGCGGUGCCCAAGGAGCGGGGCAGCCCCAGCCUGGUGCCGAUCCACAAGGACAUGGGCCUGGGCACGUGGGCAGAGGCGGUAGAGGCAGAGACGGGCACCUGAUCCCAUAAAGACUGUCCCCAGC